AUGCGUUUCCGAAUGAUGCUUUCGGGAACGCCACCAAGCCACCUCGACGCUUCUCGUUGCAUAGUUCCUGGAGGAGCAGCCCGCUGGGAGAAUAUAUGGACUCCUGAGAUGAUUGUUGAUUCACAUAUUGGUAAGAGUUCGCGCGUGAAGUCUGUGGUUCUCCAGGUAGGGCGUCUCGUUCUCGCUGCGGCGGACGAGGUCAUGGAGCGUUUGACAACGGUCACCUCGGAUGUUUCUUCUGGGACAUGCGCCGCUCUGUUGUUGCCCGACUCUGGAGCUCUCCGUUGGCAAGGAGGGGCCAUUGAGCGUUGCUUGAGGACGCCUUGUCUGGAGUUGCCUUGCCGCUGGCGUGGCGGAUGGGACGUGUCUGUGAACUGA